GCGAUAUAUCUGUGGCAAGUGUUUGAGUGAUCUGUUGGAUGAACUCCGUGGCCAACCCGGGGAUGAUGUAUGUGUUGGGAAGUCAGGCAUCGGUGGUGAACGAGAACUCAGGUCUGAAACAACAAGUGGAUGGUCUGAAUGCAGACAACGAGCAGUUGAGACGCAAACUGUCGGCCAAGAACUCAGAGUGCGAUAAACUCAAGCAACAAAUCAAAGACAUUAAGCUUGAGUGCGACCGAUAUAAGCAGGUUAUGAUCCAAUUGAAUGACACCAUCGUCACCGGCAAUGGACACGGAACUGGAGGCAAGUCCCGCAAGAGCCAGAGCCACGGGUGCCACUCGUGCUGUCACGCGGACAAGCCAUACAUCUGCGAGUGGGACAACUGCGGCAAACGGUUCCGGUCGAGACCACAUCUGGACGCACACAAGAAUAUACACACCGGACGCCGGUUCCCAUGCGAUUGGCCUAAUUGUGGCAAAAGUUUUAUGAGAAAAUACAAUUUGGUUGAACACACGAAACUGCACUCCAGUGUCAACCCCAAUGUUUGCGAUUUUCACAAUUGCGGCAAAUUUUUCUCAAGUAAAUACAGUUUAAUGAGACACCAGAGCGCACAACACGACCCAAACCGAAAGGAGGGACACCUGACCAGCGCUCAGAUGGCAGAGCUGUUUAAGACAACGGAAUAA